AGGAGAAAUUCUCAGUUGCCAAACACAAACAGAUGCUUUUCUGAGUGGUAAAGUCUUUCGCUUCUUCUUGACUUCAUAGAUAUUGUCAGUUCAGUUUCUUGUGGGUACACUAUUUCCAAAAAUCUUAGCCAUUUCUCGAGAAAGUCCAGAUUUUUAUUUCCUGGAAAACAAAGUUUGGUGUCAUUUAUUUCAAAAGUUUUUGAUAAUCUUCUGAAUUCUUGGUUUUCAUUGAGAACAAUUACGUUUCCCCAACUGAUAUCUAUGAAAUUUGGUUUUGCAAUUAUAUUUUGGGUUUGUCCAUUCAAAUUUUGAGUAGCUUGAGGUGAGCAGAUGAAGAAAACCCAGUUUCAUAUUUUCCCAAACCCGUCCAUAAUCAGCUGGAUCCAGGAUGUUGAGCUUUGUCAAUAAUGGAGUUUCCGAGCUGUUGCUUUGAAUGACAGUUUCACCCUGGAUCGUUCUCACAAUGUUAGACUACUCAUUCCACGCUCUAUGUUCCUUUUCAGUCUUGUUUUCUGUUUUGUUUUCUCUUUUUCCGUCAGUUUUCUCACUUCCUGUUGAGACUCAAGCCCUUUUGGAAUUCAAGAGUAAGCUUAGAGACCCCUUGAAUGUUUUAGAUUCUUGGAAAGAAUCGGAGUCUCCAUGCAAAUUCUCGGGAAUUACUUGCGAUCAAUUUUCCGGGAAGGUCACGGAGAUCUCUCUUGGGGGCAAGUUUCUUGCUGGUGAGAUUUCGCCAGCCAUUUCUGUCCUUGAUAGUCUUACAACCCUUUUCUUGCCUUGUAACAAUAUUUCUGGGAAGCUCCCUCCCCAGAUAAUUAAUUGUACCAAACUCAGAGUAUUGAAUCUCACUUUGAAUUAUAUGGUGGGAAGUAUACCGGAUCUUUCUGUGUUGAAGAACUUGGAGUCUCUUGAUUUGUCCAUAAAUUACUUUUCUGGCAAGUUUCCUAGUUGGGUGGUGAGCUUAACUGGCCUGAUUCGUUUAGGUAUAGGGAAUAAUGAUUUUGAUGAGGGUGAAAUUCCAGAGGCUAUCGGGAACUUGAAGAACUUGACUUGGUUAUAUCUAGCUCAAUCAAACUUAAGCGGAGAGAUUCCAGAGUCUAUUUCUGAACUGAAGGCUUUAAAGGUAUUGGAUAUGUCCAGGAACAAGAUAUCUGGGAAUUUCCCAAAAUCAAUUUCCAAUAUGCAAAAUCUUGUCCAGAUUGAACUCUUUAGGAACCAUUUAACAGGGGAAAUCCCGGUGGGGCUUGCAAAUCUUACUCAUUUGAGGGAAAUAGAUAUAUCCUCUAAUAGGCUGUAUGGGAAAUUGCCAGAAGAGAUUGGCAACUUGAAGAAUUUGACAGUUUUUCAGUGCUAUGGAAACAACUUUUCUGGAGAAUUCCCUUCAGGAUUCGGGGAUAUGCGUCAACUGAUUGGGUUAUCUCUCUAUAGGAACAACUUUUCUGGGAAAUUUCCUGCAAAUUUUGGCAGGUUUGCACCGCUGGACAGUUUUGACAUAUCAGAGAAUCAGUUUUCAGGUGGCUUUCCCAGGUUCUUAUGUGGAGGUGGGAAGCUACGGUUGUUACUUGCUCUACAAAACAACUUUUCUGGACAGUUGCCAGAUUCUUAUGGUGAGUGUAAAACCCUGCAAAGGUUCAGAAUCAACAAGAACCAUCUGACUGGAAAGAUUUCGGAUGGAGUUUGGGGACUGCCACUUGCUAACAUUAUUGACUUUGGUGAUAAUGAUUUUAUUGGAGGGAUAUCCCCCAGCAUUGGUCUCUCCAUUAGCUUGAAUCAAUUGAUUCUGCAAAAUAAUAGCUUUUCAGGUGUCCUUCCUGCAGAACUUGGCAAGUUGGCAAAGCUAGAAAAUCUACAACUGAGCAACAAUGAAUUCUCAGGCAAUCUACCUGGGGAUAUUGGGGCACUGAAGCUGUUAAACUCAUUACAUCUGGAGCGAAACUCAUUAACAGGAUCGAUACCUUCAGAGCUGGGUAAUUGUGCCAGGUUGGUGGACUUGAAUCUUGCUUGGAAUUCUUUAAGUGGUAAUAUCCCACAGACACUUUCACUCAUGAGCUCGUUGAACUCUCUGAAUCUUUCGGGAAACAAAAUUACAGGUUCAAUUCCAGAAGGUCUCCAGCAGUUGAAGCUAAGUUCUAUUGAUUUGUCUGAUAACCUGUUGUCAGGAACUGUUCCAUCUGCACUCUUAACCAUGGGUGGAGAUAAAGCUUUUCUUGGGAACAAGGAACUCUGUAUUGAACAAGAUUCCAAAACCCUUGGAAAUUCUGUGUUGAAUGCCUGCAAUAAAGAACAUAGACAGAAAAGAGUAUUUGAAGAUAAAUUGGUCUUGUUCUUAAUAGUAGCAGCUGCUCUGCUUGUUCUAGCCGAAGUGCUACUCGUGAGUUGUAGGAACUUUAAGCUCAGUGAAGUUGACUUGGAAAGCAAUUCUGACGGAGAGAAAGAAGUCGAUCCAAAAUGGAAACUUGCAUCAUUUCACCAGUUGGAAAUUGAUGCAGAUGAAAUAUGUAAUUUGGAGGAAAACAAGCUGAUUGGAAGUGGCAGCACUGGGAGAGUUUAUCGGCUGGAUUUGAAGAAAAACAGUGGUACAGUGGCUGUUAAAAAAUUGUGCAAAGGUGAUGGUGUGAAGGUGUUGGCAGCUGAGAUGGACAUUUUGGGGAAAAUCAGACACAGGAACAUACUUAAGCUCUACGCUUCUCUAUUGAAAGGAGGGUCAAGCUUUUUGGUGUUCGAGUACAUGGCAAAUGGUAAUCUUUUUGAAGCACUACAUAGAAAGAUCAAAGGUGGGGUGCCAGAAUUGGAUUGGUAUCGGAGGUAUAAAAUUGCUUUAGGAGCUGCAAAGGGCAUUGCUUAUCUACACCAUGAUUGCUUACCUCCUAUAAUUCACAGGGAUAUAAAAUCAAGCAACAUUUUACUUAAUGAGGAUUAUGAGCCAAAAGUUGCUGAUUUUGGAUUUGCAAAGAUAGCAGAAAAAUCUCUUGAGGGAUCUGAUUCCAGCAGUCUCGCCGGAACCCAUGGUUACAUUGCUCCUGAGCUGGCAUAUACUCGGAAAAUCACAGAGAAGAGUGAUGUCUAUAGUUUUGGUGUGGUGCUACUAGAAUUGGUUACAGGCAAAAGACCCAUUGAAGAUGCAUAUGGAGAAGGGAAGGAUAUUGUAUACUGGGUUUUAUCUCAUCUCAGGAACCGGGAUGAUGUCCUCAAGAUUCUUGACCGUGAAGUAGCCUCACAAACAGUCCAAGAUGAGAUGAUUAAGGUCUUGAAGAUUGCUGUUCUUUGCACAGCCAAACUUCCUAACCUGCGCCCUACCAUGAGAGACGUGGUCAAGAUGCUUGGCGAUGCAGCUCCAUGCACUAUCUUGUCACCAGAAAGCUGUUCCUAGAGAAAUGAUCACAGAUGCACUCGAUUGCUGAAAGGAGCAGCACAACUAUGUCUGCCACUGCAAAAGUUCUUGAAAUUUAAUAAUAUAUAUAGCAAUGAGGAUGAAGUCAUCUAGACGCUGUGUAUUAUAAAUGUAUAGAAGUGGCAGUGGAUGAAGGCCUGAGACCUAGUCGAAUAAUGAGGGAAGCUUGGAUGAAAUUUUGGUUUUAGUGGUGUGGUGACUGUGGUUCCUGUGGCUUUGUAGGAAUCAGUUGGUUUUCAGUACUGGCAAUGAUGUUGCAGAAAAAAUUACCAAACUUAUA